CGCCUUCCUCGGUGUGACAGUUUCCGGUUUGUGAGCGCUGUGUGUAUUUGUGCGUAAACACUCCAAAGUUUGUAAGUAAAGUCACAAAAACUCUGAAAUCACAGCAGCUUCCGGGAUGAACGUGCACAUGAGGAGGUGUUUCCGGCAGCGGGUGGUCACGUGGAGAGGUCUCCAUGUGGGGGCGCCGCUGACGACCUUCGAUGUGAGGAAGGUUGAGCUGACGCCGCUGGAGCAGCGCAAACUGACCUUCGAUUCCCACGCCAUGGUCACAGAGCUGCAGAGCAGCGGUUUCGAGAAGAACCAGGCGGAGCUGAUCGUCUCAGCUCUGGUCACUCUCGCCACGGCCAACAUGGACGUCGUUUACAAAGACAUGGUGACCAAAUCCCAUCAGGAGAUCGCCCUGCAGCAGAUCAUGGCUCACCUGGACUCCGUCAGGAAGGACAUGGUGAUCCUGGAGAAGAGCGAGUUCGCUAACCUGCGAUCCGAGAACACGAAAAUGAAGCGAGAGCUGGAGCAGCUCCAGAACCGGCUGCAGGAGGAGAGCAGGAAGAUGAUGGCAGAAACCAAACUGGACAUCAACCUGGAGAGGAGCAGGGUCUCCGACAUGUUCACUGAGCAGGAGAAGAAGCUGAUGGAGGCCACGUCAGACUUUCAUCACAAGAGAUCCGAGCUGGAAAACGACAACAUGGAGAUCAACAGGAAGCUGGACCUGCAGGUGGCCUCGCUGAAGACGCUGCUGGAGUCCCUGAAACUGCAGACGAUUCGCUACCUGGCAGCCACCCUCUUCUCCGGCCUCGCCGUCGCUCUGGGACUCUACCGCCUCUGGAAGCCGUGACUCGUCUUCAUCCACCACACAAAGUAGUUCCAGAAGAAUAAAACUCUGAUAUUUGA